AUGAGACUCUGGAUGAACGCCAUCGUUGCCCUUCUAUUCAUGGGAGUUGCCGUGGCUAAGGAGCAGAUCCUGAUAAUGACAUUGGCAACUACUGUUAUUGUCAAGGAAAUGGUGGCUGUUACUUCGAGGGCAAACAUAACUCGUGCGACCCCCCUGGGAUUGCUAUUCCUGGCGGUUGUCCAUGACCAUGAUACGCAGUGGCCUAUGCUUAAGGACAGAAGGAUGAGUCGCAAGGGUAGAUUGUAUUUCGCUAUUGUGUCUCCUUAG